UAAUGCUAGCACUCGCUCACUGUUGCUUUAUUGCAGGCCGAUGUGGUCUUCCUUCUUAAUCCGGGGUUUGAUCAACAUCCGUGCAUAGAACUAUUGGUAUAUUACUGCUGACUUGCGCAUCUGCAGUUAGGUUGCAUUGAGCCCUAAUCACUAACCCUAUCCCUUACAUCCUGCAUCUUUCUUGGAGCUGAACAUUUGUUCAUUAGAAUCGGAUGGGUUUACUACUCUCUUGAAUCAAGAUCCUAUUUAAUAUUCCCUACUCCGUCUCCCUUAACGAGAUGAAGUUCCGACCGCAUGUCCGGGUCCAGCAGUCGAAAUCAGCCUUCGCGGAGGGAAAUGCGCGAUGGACAAAUCUAGACCUGGACCCAGUUCCCCGCCACCGCCGGCUAUGGGGUCCCACCAGCUUUAUCUCAUAUUGGAUCUCGGACGCUUUCAAUGCCGCUACAUGGCAAUUCGCCAGCAGCAUGAUGGCCGUUGGCCUCGGCUGGCGCGAAGCCCUCGUCGUCGUCGCAGUCUCUUUCUUCAUAAUCUCCUUCGUUAUCGCCGGUAAUGGUGCAGUUGGUGCCAUUUACCACAUUCCCUUCCCUGUCAUUGCGCGCGCAAGCUGGGGCUUUUGGGGCUCGUAUCUACCGAUCGUGUCGCGAGUGAUCCUAGCACUCUUCUGGUUUGCGAUUCAGAACGUCAACGGUGGAAAUGCGGUGCGCGUGAUGAUAGGAGCCAUCUGGCCGAGCUUCCUGACGCUGAAGAACGACAUUCCCGAAGACCAGGGCAUCACAACGAACGGGAUGGUAUCGUACCUCAUCUUCUGGCUUGUGCAGCUUCCAUUCUUGUGCAUCCACCCGAACAAAGUGAGAUGGCUAUUCUUAGCAAAGUCCGUGCUGGUGCCGGUUGCAUGGAUCGCGAUCCUGAUCUGGGCCUUUGUCGCAGAGAAGGGAGGCGGCCUACUGGACCAGAAGGCGACAGUAUCCGGUUCGAAAUUCAGCUGGUUAUUUCUCGCAAACAUGACCUCAGUACUAGGGAAUUAUGCCACACUUAGCGUGAACCAGUCCGAUUUCUCCCGCUAUUCCCGCGUCAGCGCCAAAUGGCAACUCCUCUACAUCCCCAUGCUCCCCAUCAUCUUCACCUUCAUCUCCUUCAUCGGCAUCGCAGCCUCCUCAGCCGGCCACUCCCGCUACGGCGGCGACAUCCCCUGGGACCCGACCGUGCUGAUAAGCAACUGGUCCAGCCGCGCCUGUCGCUUCUUUGCAGCCUUCAGCUUCGCCCUCGCCUCGCUAGGCGUCAACAUCUCCGCCAACUCCAUCUCCGCAGCAAACGACCUAACCGCCAUCCUUCCCUCGCACAUCAAUCUCCGCCGCGGGCAGAUCUUCUGCGGCCUAAUCUCGUGGUGCUUCGUGCCGUGGAAGAUCCUUGUCUCGGCAAAUAAUUUCCUCAACUUCAUGUCCGCGUAUGCUAUUUUCCUCGGCCCCAUCGCCGCCAUCAUGCUGUGGGACUUUUGGCUGCUGAAGCGCAAGAAAUACGAUACGCUGGCGCUGUAUCAGCCUGAGAAUCGGACGUAUCAGUAUGGCAAGUGGGGCGUGAAUUGGCGGGCUGUGGUGGCGUUCUUGGUGGGCGUUGCGCCGAAUCUGCCCGGGUUGAUCAAUUCGGUUAAUAGUAAGAUUCAUGUCGGGGUUGGGCUGCAUCCGUAUCAGUUUGGGUGGAUUUUGGGGUUCGUGGGGACUAGUCUGGUUUAUGUGGUGUUGUCUGUGUGCUUUCCGGCGAGGGAGUCUAUUGUCGAGCUGGCGGUUAUGCCGGAGGAUGUUUAUGAUGCUAGGGAAGGAGAGGACGGAGCCGGGAGUAUAAAUGGCCGGGAGAAGAAGCAGGAUAAGGAAACGAGACAGGAGGUGGUUUCUUAGUUGCCCUAUAGGUGUAUCUAUGUUGAUGCGUAUAUUCAUUAUGUGUCUAUGCAUGCUGCUCUCGAUAUAUUUUCGAUGCUGAAUGGAAAUGAAUACAUGCUCCUCGUCCUGUCCGGGAGGGUAUGAUUAAUAUUGAGCAACCGUGUCGGUGUAUCAGCGGCGUAUCAGCUAUCAGCCUUAAGGCG